GACGGAAAAUUUGGAAAUUUUCGUAAAUUUCAUUGAAAAUUUUGGGAACAAAAAUGUCUGUAAAUUAAAGCCAAGAUUCCUUUUGUCCAAUGGAUCGAUUUGGAAAAUAUUGUUGCAGCAUCAAUACCUCUUGCAGUUAGACACACACCUGCCCCAAAAUCCUACAUAAAAUUGCGUUUUGUAUGAUUUGUUUGUUUUAUAAAGCAAAAAAUAUAUCGAAUAGAAAACAGUCAAGGAUAUGAGAGAAAUAUUGUUUGUAACAUGUUUUCUGCUUGGAAUCAUGUCGUCACUGCAACAAAAGGAUCUAUUGUCCACACCUGUUGUCGGCGUAGAGUUGGGUGAAGAGGGAUUUCACAGAAACCUUAUCUAUACGGUGCAAUUUGAUUAUCCGCUGGCAGGCAAAACUUGUGAGUACAUAUUAAGACAGUCCUUUCCACCAUCUGUGUACAUAAAUGUGGAUCAGCUGGAUGAUCUUUCAAGGAAGGAUAAGCUAAAAGCUAUAUAUCCUCGAUUUGUUGAUAUUGAAAAACCUACAGAAGACUCUAGUGGAUUUGAGAUAUUUAUAAAAGGAACAACUAAAGUUACAGACACAAUUCAUUUGCCCAUACAUUUUCGCUACCAUGCACCAAGUGAAGAACAGUCAUUUAUUCCUAUAGAUCUCUUUGCACCAAAUGCUAUGUACAUAAGCUGUCCUAGCCAAGAAGAACAAACGUUUGUUGAGCGCGAGUUAGAAAUUGAAACUAGUCCAGGCUACUGUUUAGAUGAAACAAUUCCGACGAUCAGGGAGGGCCCUAAACACAUUCGCGAUGCAACUUGCAAGUGGAAGGAUAUUAAAAUCGCACUGCAAAUUAAGUCGCCAUUGCAUGCUGAAAUACCUAUCGGAAACGAAAGUGCCCACCCGACGGUUUUAUACAUAACCAUUAUAGCCAGUUGGGUAGUGUCGUUAUGGACAAUACUUAGAACACGGCAUAUACCGAUUGCCAUUAAUGCAAAUCUAGAAGAGCAACGACUGUUGCAGCGAAAAAAUAAGUAGUUAAUAUUAUUAAGUAAAUGGAGAAAUGAUGAAAUCAUAUUUGGUGUGACAAGUUUUUAUGUAGGUAUGUUAUUAUGUUAUAUUAGUCAUUUUAUAAUUGUUCAUAGAAAUAAUUAAAUGUAUUAUACGUGAUAAAAUAAAACAAUUCACCGUACACAAGAAGCAA